AUGAAUAAAUAAAACUCAGAUGUAUUUGAUGACUCAUUCGGCUUAUAGCAAUAAGAAAUUAGUGCUGUAACAAAAAACAUUAAAGUUGGAAAAAAGAUCAAGUAAGUCAAAAUUGAAACAGCAAAAGCUGAAAUGCAUAAAAACUAAAGUGGAGCAAUAGAUUCAAAAAACUCUUCGUUUAGCUCCUCAGCACUUCAUGGAAGUUUUAAUGACAAAAAUACGAGUAUAAUGCAGGCAUUAAUAAGCUCAUCUAUGGAUUAAUCUCAGGUUAGAAUUAUUCCUCCUGAAGAGCUGUUGUUUGCUCAUAAUAUUUAAAAUUGCGAUACAAGGAGAUCCAUUUAAAACAGACAUUAGAGUUCUUAAGUAGUUCUGUAAAAUAAUGGUAAUAUGCUGUUAAGUUCGCCAACUUUAUCUCCUAAUUAGUCAAAGUUUAUGCAGAGAGGUGGUUUAUAGCCACUUCAAGGCAAAAAAAUAUAUAUGAGAAACAUGACCCAUAAGCAUAACUUGCAGUCUGCAGGAAUAGAUCAUGAGAGUUAAUAGUCCUAAAGGUCAGGCUAGAUAAAGCCUUCUUAUAGACAUGGGUAGACAGUGAGAAGCAAUCUAAGUGGUAUGCAUAUUAUCGUUGCUGAGUUGAAUCACAAUAAUGAAAAUCUGAGUAUGCCACCAAGUGAGAAUGGCUCUCAUAGGUCUUCCUCCGCUAAUAAUGAAUUCCUUAGAAUGAAUAGUUCUAUUUAGAACGUAUAAAGAGCAAUUGGACAUAAUUCAUCUUAUGGAAGUGUGCCUGGUUCACCUGGUUUAAUGAGUUCAGGGUCAUUUAGGAAGAGUGAAAGUCAUUUCAAAAAACAAUAAUCUAACGUGACUUUCUUGAAACUCCAAAACACAAUUAAAGGAGACUAAAAGGAUUUGAACACACCUUUAUUCUAGCAAUUUCCAAUCAGAGAAACUAAUAAGAGUUCAUUGAGCUCGGAAUAUAUUGAUGGAGUUCAUGAAGAUGAUAGAGAAAUUCCAUACUAUAAAAAAUAACUAUCCAAUUUCUAGAGUUAUGUAACCCAAAGGAUGAAGAAUAGGAAUUCUGGGGUUGAGGAAGAAAAGGAAGAAGAAGAUGAUGAAGCUAUGGAUAUCACUAACAAUCUUUUUGCUAGAAGAAUUGACACUCAGAUAACAAUAGAGAAACUGGAGGAUAGAUUUUCUCCAGGAAAGGUUGAGAAAUUUACUGAGCAAAGUGAUAAAGGAGAAUUUAUUGAAGAAAAUAAAUAAUUUGACACUUUUGAUAGAACUGGUACAGGCACAAAUACACUAAAACUCUCUGACUCAAAUGUAAGAGAUACCCCUAAACCUAUCUUGGUGAAUGCUAAGUCUAUAUCUAGCCAGAAAUCUAAUUAAGCUCAUGUUUUCACUUUUGAUUUCAUGAAUUAGCAACUCAAUACUUCAUAGCAAUAGAUAUAGGCUCCAGAGUUAUGCAAGAAUUAGAGCCUAUAAUAAUCUUCAGCAAAGACCUUUGGUCCCAUUCUAGAUGCUGGCUAAAGUUAAAGUAAAAUAAAGAAGAAAAUAUCUAAAAGUGGAUCUAUGGAUAUUGUUGAAAAAUUUCUAUAAGACUAACAGGUUAAGGUCUAAGUAAGCAGUAGUUAUAAGGGAAGAAAUGAUAAGAAUAUGACUGAUAGAACUUAGAAUGUUGAUACUUUGACUGUUAGCGUUUUUGGUGGAAAACGAAGAUCUUAGCAGUAGCCAAAUAACAAUAAUCAAUAAGUAAUAAAUUCAUUGACUGGUUCAAUAAGGAGGUCUCAGACCAUUUCUGAUAGAAAAUAGAAAAAGAAUAGGAAAUAUACAAGGCAAGAUAGAGAAAACUUACUUGUCUUAGAGAAGAUUUAUGAUUAAAUAUUAAGACCUCAGGCGUCUUAAUCUUCUCAAUCGUCUUUAUUCAGAUCAUAUGAAAACAUGAGGAGUUUCAACAGUGAUAUUCAAAAAAAGAGAAUGCAGAUGCAGUAAUUCUCAAGGCAAAGUAGUAGUAAUUUUGAUAAAGAGGCCCCUCCUUAAAACAUUAUCAAUUCAAUGAAUCUACAAAUUCCUUAAAUGAAGAUUGAAGUUUCGAAUCAUAAUCAAGUGUAGAAGUAGUUUAGCUUUAAUUUGGAGUAAAAAUCGCACUAACAAAACAAUAGCAAUUAUAAUUAGAAUAGUAAUAGCUAGGUUGAUAUCUUGUCUUAGGAAGAGAGUCAUAGAGUAGACACGACAAGUAGAAAGCAAGAGAAUACUAGUAGUUCAUCUUCAAGUUCUUCUAGCGACAAUAAAAAGAAUAAAAAUGACAUUACAAUUCAGAUAUUUAGUGCAGCUGAUGAUUUUGACAAAAACAAUUAAAUUUCUAGGUACAAUUCAAUGAACUAGGCAAAGCUCAUAAAUUCUGAUGAGGAAACCAUGUAAAUACUUCAACAACAAGCUUUACUUCACUGUAACACAAUAGUUGAAGUGCCUGAAGAAGAUUAAAAAAGCUCAAUAGCUCUCAGCGAUAAGGGCAGUAAUUCGAGGAAGAACAUUCAAUUCAGCAGAUUUAUAAGAAAACCGACUUCGAGGUAAGGAAACAAAGCGUCUAAUAUGAGCAUAAAUUUCGUCUCUGUAGACCCUAAUCACCCUCCGAAGAUUUAUGAUUUGGUACCUAAGAAAAAGCUCAUUCAAAUAUUUAGAAGAGUAUCAGAAGAAAUAAGUCAGACCCAUUAACUACUUGAUAAACAUAACUAAAUGAUUUUAGCAAGUACAAUUGAAAGAAAUGGAGUUAGUUCUCAUUAAAAGCAGAGCAAUAUUACAGGGACAAGUGAAACCUCUUCCUAAAUGAAUGGACCAGUUCAGGUUUAAUCUUUCAGUAUCUAUGGAACAAAUAUAGAUAAAAACCAUGCUACAUCUUAAUCAGAGCAGUAAUAACCGCAGAGUUACUUAAGCACUCCCAAGUAAGUGUAUCCUGAUUCAGAAUAAAAAGAGUAGGUCACUACACCGGAAGUAAUUACUGCGAGUCCAAAGCUAAGUUCACUAGCUAUGUUUAUUAGAUAAAAUACAAGAGCUAUAAUAGUUGAUGAAGACUCUAGUGAAAAGAAAACAGCUAGUAGUAGAUUAACAUCAAAUCCAAGUGUUGAAGUUAUUAAUCAAGGAUUUGUAAGAAAGAAUACAAAAAUAUAUAGUGGAAGGGGAAAUGGGAAAAAAACUCUCAGAGAAAUUGUCUAGGACUAGAUUAAAACAGCAUAAGUGAAUGGAAGAGCAAGAAAUCGGGAAAACUCAAUGAUUGUCGAGACAAGAUGCCAAAGUCAAGUUACAUCACCUUAUUCUUAAGGACGGAAGCUUAUAAGAUCGGUAAAAAUGCUUGCUAAGAGUACAGAUAACUUGGAAAAGUUGCCGAUCUUAGCUGCAGAAGCGAGAAUGAAUAAUCUCAAGAACAUUCUUAUGCAGUAAUUUGGAGAUAAUCUUAGAUUUUAGGACUAAUCUUAAUCUCAACUUCAAACCAAGAGAAACAGGUUUAAAUAAAGAGCAGCUUUUACACAUUCAAAUACCUCAUUAGGUGAAUCUGCUAAUGACUCAUCAAUAAGAUUGAAUAAUCCAAAGUACUUUGAAAGCAAUGCAAACUUCUAGGAGCAAGACACAAGAGUUAAGAUAGAAUUCCUGCAUAGUGACAACAUCAAUAAUAACGGUGAAUUUAGUCCUUGCUCUUAUACUACUCCUCAUGAUUAGAAUAAUGAUUUACUUUUCUUCAAAAGAACAUAUACUCCAACUUCAAGUGGAGCUACUCCUGAGCAUUCAGUUAAAUUUGGUCUUAGAGAUUUCAACCCUGGAGAUUUUACCUAUGAGCUUUAAAAUAUUGUCAGAGCUUUCAACCAAUCUCCUAAGCAUCGAAGUUACAAUCCAGGCGGCUUCAGGUUAAACCAAUAAAAUAGGCACUUGACUUAGAAUGAACAAGGUAGGAGACGUAAUUCUCAGUUUCCCUCGAAUACUCCGACACACCAAAUAUCCAGCUUAAGCUCUACUAUUCAAAAAACAAUCAAAUCAAGCUUCAUUAGAUCUUAGAGAAAGCAAUCAUUGCCUCAUCAUUUAUUACUAAGAGCAUUGAUAUCCAGUGGGGACAACUUAGAGUUGAUUCAAAAUCAUAAUAACUACCUACUAGCUGAUAGAGACUCACCAUCUGAAAUAUCUUAAAGAUAAUCAUAAAAUAGAGAAGAUAACUAUCUCGAUACAAGUACUAUUAAAACAAAAGUGUCGUCAUAGGAUUAAGAUCAAUAAUAACUCAAUUAUAAUAACAUUAUUCAGAAAUUAGGAGGAUCCUUUCAAAGAUAUUUCAGUUUAAAGGUAAACACUGCUGAUUUAUUGCCAGAGGCAAGGAGAAAUUAUAAGCCAGAGACUCCAGCUGAUAGUAGCAUUAUUAAUAUGAGAGAGUCAGACUUGAGUAAUUAGUUUUAGGAUGAUAAAACCUUGGAAUCUCAGAAAUUAGAGGAUAGUAAGAAGGAAGAUGAGGAUGAAGAGAUCAAGGUCCCAGAUGAUAUAACAAUAAAAAAUGAGCAGAUACAAGCCCCAACAAUCUAUCUCCCAACUUAAAAAAUAAAUUAAGCUAAUGUACUUAAUGGGCUAGGAGUAAGUUUUAGCAAUAGAUUGGAGAAACCUUUCAAGAGACCUGAGAUGAGAAAGUAACCGUCAAAUCUUACCAAAGAAAAUCUAAUAAUGCUUGAAUCCUCUAAACUGAAUAAAUAGAUUGAAAUCCCCUUAGAAAACCCUAAAUUUUCCUCUAGAAAGAAAGUAUCAAUUCCUAAUAUCAAAAGCACAAAGAGUAUUACCACAAUUAGUGCAAUAUCGAGUAAAGUCAACGGGAAGACAUGCAUUAAUUAGUAUCUUAUUAUCUAACCAAUUGGAAGAGGUAAAUUUGCAAAAGUAGUGAUGUGCAUUGAUUAGAAUACUCAGCAGUAGUAUGCUAUGAAAAUAAUGAACAAAAAGAAAUUGAAGAAAAUCUUUGUAGGUAAAAAUAAAUUCGCGUAUGAUGCUGUUGAGACUGAAAUGGCAAUUUUAAAGAAAUUGGAUCAUCCAAAUAUUGUGAGAUUAUAUGAGAUUAUUGAUGAUCCAAAGCAUGAUAAACUUUACUUGAUUACUGAUUUGAUUAAAAAUGGGACCCUUUAAAAGCUAUUGAGCAAAAAAGAUCUGACUGAUAUUUAAAUUAGAAAGUUUUUUAGAUAAAUAAUUCAUGCUAUUGAAUAUUGUCAUGAAAACGCUAAGAUUAUUCAUAGAGAUAUUAAGCCAGAAAAUAUUCUCCUAGAUGAAAAUGAUAACGUUAAGCUCUCAGAUUUUGGAGUUAGUUUUAUGAUGGAAAAUGCUGGAGAUGAUAGUUUGAGUAAUUCUGCUGGAAGUUAUUACUAUUUCAGUCCUGAAGCCUGUAUAGGAGCUUCUUAUAAGGGAAGAAAAUCAGACAUCUGGGCUUGUGGAAUCACUCUAUAUUUCAUGAUAUUCAAGAAGCACCCAUUUGUAUCAAAUCUACUUCCAGAUUUAUUUAGAAAGAUAUAGACUCAGCAGAUAGUUUACCCCUUUGAAUUAGAUGCAAGCCUUUAGGAUCUGCUAACUUAGUGUCUUACAAAAAACCCAGAGAACAGAAUUUCAAUAGAAAAAAUUAAAAAGCAUCCUUGGAUGACUGAUAAUGGGGCUGAUCCUAUGCCUGAAUUAGAAAAGUAAGAGAUUGAAAUAACAGACCAGGAUAAGCAAAAUGCUUUCAGUAAAACCAAAUUUUUGGCUGAGGUUAUUAUGAAAAAGCUAAACAAGAUAUAAUAUGAGAAAAAGCAAGGACUCUAGCAAAUCCGCAUCGAAGAUCUUGAUCAAGAUAGUAAAAAUUGA